AUGGCAAACGCUUUUUGUUGUGCUGCUCUCUAUAGCUGUAUUCCUUGCCUUCGCAGCCAAUCAGCGGAGUCACAGGCUUCAAGCCCCACCGAAGAGCCUACAACAGCUGGAGCUUCAGGCAAUUUAGGUACCCCAAGCGUCGCACAUGCAGUGUCGACCCUUGCGAAAGAACACACGUUGUGCACUCAAUGCCGCGAAGCUGCUACCAAUUCUAGUCUCUUGCCGACAUUGAAUAAAGGGGAAGAAGACUUUCGAGUAUACUCUAAUCUAAGGGAACUACAAGCAUCAUCUCUAGAGGGUUGCCAUCUUUGUUCCCUUUUCUUGGGUAUGUUUGGGUUCGAUAUUGCCCAAGAACAAUAUGAAAGUCAGGUUAAGGUCACACUUUACGUCAGUCGAUCAGGAGGGGCCUGGUUAAAUGUUAUACCGGUAUUCAACAAGAUUCGAAACACAGAAUCGCCUUCAAAUGGUAGUCGGGAACAGGUUGUGGGGGAGGUUACUAUUUUCCGGGAUUUGGAGGGACGUGUCGAAGAACCUAAGUCGGACUCCCCUUUCCUAUUUUCAGACGCGAAAAUCUAUAACAAUGCACAAUUGUCGAAAUCCCUUUCUUAUGAGCCUUCAGCUAUCUUAGCUAAGGAGUGGCUAAAACAGUGUACUCAACACCAUGAGGAAUGCUCACUGGCAGCGACGUUGUUCCAAGCCGAUUAUGGGUAUCCUGCACGCCUCGUUUACGUCGGUAGCGGCAAUGAUGGCGUAUUAAGAUUGGUGGUUACAGCGGAGUUAGGCAACCAGAGGCCUAACUCUAGGCCGGAGUAUUUAACGCUGUCUCACUGUUGGGGAGGUGCAGACAUUCUGAAAUUACUCGACAAAAGAGUCGAUAGUUUCAAGAAAGAUAUACCGUUCGCUGAGCUCCCAAGAACGUUUCAAGAUGCGGUUGUUAUUACUCGUCAAUUGGGUUUCCGAUACCUUUGGAUUGAUUCAUUAUGCAUCAUUCAAGACUCUCCGUCGGACUGGCGCUCGGAAUCCGCUAUUAUGGGGGAGAUAUACGCCCAUUCUACGUGCACUAUUGCCGCACUCACUGCCCGCUCUUCCUUCGAGGGCUGUUUUAUAGGGCAGAGUGAUCAGGGAAUUCAGGGGGACAAUAGCGAACGAAACCCGCUAGCAUUCCGUAUUUGCGACCUACCACAUGGCUUGCAUGCUGAAUUUUCGCAGCGUCUGGGACCUAGCCUUCGUCUCAAUCCCCGUAAGCCAUUUCCCCUACACACACGUGCGUGGGUUGUACAAGAGCGCCUUUUAGCGCCAAGAACGCUGUAUUACGGCUCUUGGGGCCUAGCUUGGGAGUGUGCUGAAUGUUCGGCCACUGAAAGCAAUCCUUUCGGUGAAAGGUACCAGUAUUCCCCUAAAGCGUCCUUCCUAAAGGCCUGUGUACAGCUCACCCGUGCUGUCCAUGCCCCCGUAUGUGGUGACAAGACGGAUAUUUAUCAGAUGUGGCUCGACGUUCAGGCCUCGUACUCUACAUGCGGGCUCACUUUUUUCGACGAUCGCCUAGUUGCUGUGUCAAGUAUCAUCAAAGCAAUCGAGCGCCGAACACAUUGGACUAAUAUAUGGGGGCUUUGGAAAGAAACUCUUCUCAAUGAAUUAGUGUGGUUUGUUGAGACACCGUCGGAGCACCCACAAACAAAGGAAUAUCUCUGCCCAUCGUGGUCUUGGCUCGGUAUCCAAGGGCGGGUAUUCGCGGAAAUGGCCGCUGUAAACAUAACUCCGAGCUGGGCUGCACAGGUGGUAGAAAUAGGCAAGGAUUGCGGGAGGGGAUUCAUCCGCCUGCGCGCCGCCAUAAAAGAAGUUUUCAUUCCUCCCGAUCGGAAAUCCGACCUAGCGGAUAAAUCUUCGCGUACUCGUCGGGCUGUUUCGUGGGCGCCGGAUACUCUUUCGCCCAUUGCCGAACAAGAAUUAUCAUGCGUGCUUCUCAUGAAGAUCCCGAAUUACAUUGACGGCCAUGCUCUGGAUGUCGGUCUUGUCGUUCACCGGGUUAAUGGCGAGACAACGCGAAUUGGACGUUUCUGGCAAUCUCAAGGCGACACUGUGACGAUCUUUGAGAAUGAAAUCAAUCAAGAUGGUUUAAAAGAGAUUACGAUAUUUUGAUGCCACUUCAAUAAGAUCGCAAUCGCCUCAACGGCGCGAUUUUUACUAAUAUGAAGCAGCUCCAGUGCUAUAAAAUCAGUGCAGUGAAUGCACCCUAAGUUUGUGGGUGUCCAGGCGUAUAUAGGCACCCUACCUGGUACCUAAAGCACUGGGCUAGUGGACAUUCAGCUCUAAGACAUGCU